AGGCCUUUUUGUUUUGACCAUUGAACUCUCUUUGGCCAAAUGUUACCUGAAAGUAACAUACCAGUUUUUGCUCCCUUACACACAAAAAAAACAGCAACCAUAAUGCAAUUCUCUCUCUUUAAGGGAGGAAGCUAAAUAAACCAAUAGUAGACUUACAUUUGUCACAUGACUAGUAUUUCCUUUCUUCAACACCUUUUACAACCCAGAUAUAGCACAUGUGCAACGGCCAUUAGAGUGCUUUUAAAAAUUGCUCUAAAAUAACAGUUUUCACAGCUUUUUUUUUCAAUAAAAAAUGGUUUCACAAUCUUGGAGCAAAUGGAGCAGGAGGAAGUGUUGCCCCUUUUGAAUCUGCUCUACCAGAUGAAGUAAGGGCUAGGGGCCAGGAUUGGCAAAGCAGGAGGUGCAUUUGUCCUAUUCCCCAAUGGAAGUACAGGCUGUCUGAAGCUUUUGAAGUUUAACAGCCAAUUGACUACUUCCAACACCUCCUGAAGCCAGCCUUUAUUGAAUUUAUGGUUGAGCAAACCAAUCUCUAUGCAAUACAAUCGGAUCCAAACAGGCUGCUAAAUGACACCAAUGAAGAGAUGGAACAAUUUAUCGGCAUAUGUUUUUAUAUGUCAGUGUAUGGUCUGCCACAAUCCCGCAUGUUCUGGUGUACAUCCACUAGAGUUGAUUGUGUGGCAUACACAAUGGGAACACAUUGCUGGGAGACUAUCAAGCGUUUCCUUCACUUUGCAAACAAUGAUGAUCAAGUUCCUGCUGGACAGCCUGGGCAUGACAGGCUUUUGAAAGUGCGACCACUGCUAACAUCUCUUCUGAAGAGCUUCAAAGCAACCCCAAUGGAUGAGAUGCUCUGUGUAGAUGAGCAAAUUGCGCCAUUUAAAGGCAAAAGUGCAAUGAAGCAGUACAACCCAAAAAAGCCCAAACGCUGGGGGUACAAAUUGUUUUUACUGUCCGACAGCAAUGGGAUCAUAUACAAUUUUGACAUCUAUACGGGAUCCAUUUCUCCAGUUGAUGGAAUGCCAGAUAUUGGUGCAAGUGGGAAUGUAGUUUUGCGGCUUGUAAGCAUCAUCUCAGACAACCUCUCCUACAAAAUAUUCUUUGACAAUUGGUUAUGUAGCAUUGACCUGCAAGUGGCUCUACAAAAACAAAAGAUCCACAGUGUGGGGACAGUUAGACAAAAUUGUCUGGCUGGAUGCACCUUCAUGAAUGACAAGGAAAUGAAGAAGGGAAGGGGAACCUUUGAAGAGAAAGAGACAAAACACAAUGGUGUGUACCUCAGGGCAGUCAAAUGGUUUAACAACCGUCCGGUGACUCUCCUGAGCACCUAUGCAGCAGCCAACCCAACUUCCACAGUGGAGAGACAAGAAGAGAAAGGAAGCUGUUCAAGUGACAGCGCCAGUAUUGUCAAAUUGUACAACCAGAGUGGGGUGGACCUCCUGGAUUCGCUCAUCGCACUGUACUGAACCAAGUUAAGAUCCAAGAAGUGGUACCAUCGCAUUGUCUUCCAGAUGAUGGAUUUCACACUUGUGCAGGCUUGGCUCCUGUACCGGAGAGAUUGCAGAGAUUGUGGCAUCCAAAAGAAAGAGCAGCUCAGUUUAUUGGAGUUUAAAACUGAGGUAUCAAGCUGUCUGCAAGCAGAACAAAAUCAACCUGAAGAGGAAGGGAAGACCAUCCCACUGUGUUGAGGCAAGUCUGGCUGAAAAAAGGAAGAGAGGGCGUGUGGGUCCAGUGCCAUCGACACCUGUCCACCAGGACAACACAGACCACUGGCCUGUUUGGGCAGAAACCAGGGGUAGAUGUAAAUACCCAGGCUGCAAAGGAAUCAUCAAGGUGCAAUGUGUGAAGUGUGGUGUUUUCCUCUGUUUCACUGUUGAGAAGAACUGCAUGUGGAAAGAACACAUUUGAGCAGGAUCACUGGACAAAUGUAGUUUUUGCAUUAUGAUUAAUUGUUUUUAAUUCUGCGUCAAAAUUAUAAUUUUGUUCCAAGAAGAAAAUGUAAUGUCAUGCAUGAAAUUAAAAUAAAAAGUUUGAUUUUCA